CUGUAGACCAACAUCAAUCUACGCGAUACUGGAUCCAAAUACAUUUGGAAUGUCUGAAGUCUUUGGAGAGUCGCCUUGCCACCUGGUGUCACUGCCUGGGGAGCUGCGCAAUCGUAUCUACGACUAUUGCAUUGAGUCUGGACCGAUCACUCUUCCACUUACUUUACACGGGUAUGCGCACUCGCGUCCGUACUUUGGAGGCCUUAGACAUGUUUCUAGGUCAUUAUACGUCGAGUUCACUCCCAUAUAUCUUGACAGAACCAUUGUCUCGCUCAGUCCGUCGGAUGUAGAACGCUACCUCUCCGUCAUCUAUCCAAAACACGAAGCCCCAUCAACUGAUAAAUUUGCCGUGGGAGGACUGGGAACAAAUAUCCAUGGGCACAUUAGGAUCAAUCUUCGGCUUAGCGAAGUGCUCGAUCUUACUCCUUUUGCUGGAUUGCUGUCACGGGCACCCAACAUUCGCAUCGAGUUUGCCCGCUCAUCUGCCAUAAGCGCGGUAGUCUGGGACGUUGUCGUACUUUUGAGGAAGAUCAUGCACGCCUCGUGCCCUAUCGACUUUGAGAAGACUGUCGAGCGCAUACUGUUCCGCUACAGCUUGCGCUCAGAAGUCGUGAUCAAGUUGCAUAGAAAUGUGCCGCUUGAAAAGAUGUUUGACGACGCAAUGCGCCACAGUCCACGACAGUGGCUCGUUCGACAAGGCCUACCGGUCCUCGGUCACCUCAAGGUCGUGCUGGAAUCGUCUGAGAAAGUGUUACGGGACCCACCCAUUGGCAAACCUUACGGGCCACCCGAAUUAACAGAGGUGAACUCCAAGGCCUAAUCGUAACGUGAAACUGCGUUAGGAUACCGGCAUUACUACUCCAGAGAGCCCUACGGUACAUCAAGGAAAUUUAUUCAGAACCACCUGCCGGUCAGCGCGGUGAAAGACUUCCUGUACAACUUGGGGCUUACAGUAUUCAUGAGAAAAGUACGGGGUUUAAAAAUCCCGAGGUUUCCUAAGUCCACCAGAUUGUUGCAGUGUUGUGUUGUGAUCACCUUUGACACUUUGGCGAUUAUUGCUGCAUUGUUUCUCCGUCAAUGACAUGGGGAGGGACGUGGGGAAUUUCCACUAUCACCAGCAAGAUGGCAGCUGCUACAUUAGUCAUUUCAGACGUCGUGACAGGGAAUCUGCAUGUCUGACAAGAUCACUAGGUUGAGUGAAGUUGUUGAUACAUUUUGUGGUCGAGCGCAGUCAAUCUGUUAUUCAGCAACGACGUGGCUCUGAGGAAGUUGGACCUUGCAUUUAUAUUUACGCUUACCUUCUGAUCCUAG